AGUUUUAACCAAUCCACUCAAUCCCAAACAAUUGAACCAUGUGUAUUGCCGCUUUUAUUUGGCAAGCUCAUCCACUCUAUCCCCUUCUUCUGUUACAAAACAGAGAUGAAUACUACAACAGGCCUACAAAGGCACUUGCAUGGUGGGAUGUUGAUGGUUGUGAGAUACUGGGAGGAAGAGAUGAAGUUGCAGGAGGGACAUGGUUGGCUUGUUCAAGACAAGGCAGAGUUGCUUUUCUUACCAAUGUUUUGGAGCUUCAUCACCUUUCCGGCGCCAAGACCCGCGGGGAUCUCCCUCUACUUUUCUUGAAGAGCACAAAGAGCCCUAUGGAAUUUGCGGACCAACUGCUCACAAAUGCUCAUCAAUACAAUGGAUUUAACCUCAUAGUGGCUGAUAUUGCUACCAAAUCGAUGGUUUAUAUCUCCAACAGACCAAAGGGGGAAGCCAUUCACAUUCAACAGGUUUCUCCAGGUCUUCAUGUUCUUUCAAAUGCCAAGCUUGACUCACCCGUGCCUAAGGCUCUGCGGCUACGUAAAAGCAUUAGACAGAUGAUGAAUAAAUAUGGCAAAAAUGAAGUAAACGUGAAAGAAAUGAUUGAGAAACUUAUGAAGGACAAAGUGAAAGCUGAUAAGAGUAAGUUACCUGGCAUUUGUGCUCUCGACAUGGAAUUCAACCUUAGCUCCAUAUUUGUUGAAAUGGACACUCCUCAGGGGCUUUGUGGGACAAGGAGUACAGCAGCAUUGACCAUACGUGCUAGUGGGGAAGUUAGCUUUUGUGACAAAUAUCUUGAAAAGGGUGUGUGGUUUGAGAAAACCAUCAAUUACCAUAUCCAGAAUGAAACAAGGGAUUUUUCUGAAGUUAAAUUGAGUAUGUUGUAAAUGGAGUGAUGUAUGGCCGAGUGCCUGAUAAAAUGUUAUAUUUUGCAAGGAAGGACCUUGCUGAUUGCUAAGCUGCUACAGCACGAGUGCCUGAUAAAUGUUUAUAAAUUCCCGAGAAACUUAAACAACAUCAAAGAUAACGCAGAGAAAACCCCGUAAAUGUCCUUUCUGAAAGUAGAUUAUGCAAAAACAAUCAAAACCCAUUGAAAACAGGAA